UCAAAAAUCAAAGUGAUUUCUUUUCUUUUUAAUAAGCUUCCUCUUAAGCUCAGAGAUGGAAAAGGAGAGCUUUUUCCAAUCAUAAUUCGAAAAAGAAAAAUCUUUCAUUUUCAGUUUGGAUCUUUGGUUCGGGUUUUCGGAUGGCCGUUUUAGUACUCUAUUGUUAAUUUGAAUCUUCAUCGUUGUUAAACUCAGAAUGGAAUCAUCCGAGCUUAAGAGAUCGAAGGACUCGCCGAACUCGGACGAGUCUGCUGGGCUAUCAUCGUUUCCCGACGAAGUCCUGGAGCGAGUUCUCUCUCUUUUGAAAUCUCAUAGAGACCGAAGCUUCGUUUCUUUAGUUUGUAAGGACUGGUACAACGCGGAGAGGUGGUCGAGGACUCACGUUUUUAUCGGAAACUGUUACUCCGUUUCGCCGGAGAUUGUUGCACGGCGGUUCCCGAACAUACGGAGCGUGACGUUGAAAGGGAAGCCUAGAUUUUCAGACUUCAACUUGGUGCCGCAAAACUGGGGUGCCGACAUUCACGCGUGGCUGGUCGUUUUCGCCGCCAAAUAUCCGUUCCUUGAAGAGCUUAGACUUAAGCGAAUGGCAAUCAGCGACGAAAGCUUGGCACUUUUAGCCGUUGCUUUUCCUAACUUUAAAGCUCUUUCGCUUUUAAGCUGCGACGGUUUUAGCACCAACGGACUCGCCGCCAUUGCCACUAAUUGCAAGAACUUGACUGAGCUUGACAUACAGGAGAACGGCAUUGAUGAUAAAGGAGGUAGUUGGUUGGGCUGCUUCCCAGAAAGCUUCACAUCAUUGGAGGUACUGAACUUUGCCAACUUGACUAGUGAUAUUAAUUUUGAUGCACUUGAGAGGCUUGUAGGUAGGUGCAAGUCAAUGAGGGUUUUAAAGUUGAACAGGAGCAUAUCCUUGGAACAAUUACAAAGACUUCUUGUUAAUGCUCCUCAAUUAGCUGAGCUUGGUACGGGCUCAUUCUCGCAAGAACUUACUUUCCGGCAAUACAAAGAGCUUGAAUGCACAUUAAGUAAUCGCAAGAAUAUGCAUACUCUAUCUGGUUUGUGGGAGGCCAAGGGCAUAUAUCUCCCAGCCUUGUACCCUGCAUGCACAAAUCUGACAUUCUUAAACUUGAGCUACGCUGCUUUGCAAAGCAGUGAACUCGCUAAGCUUCUUGCUCACUGUCCACGACUUAAACGCCUCUGGGUCUUGGACACAGUACAAGACAAAGGACUGGAGGCCAUUGGAUUGAACUGUCCUUUGCUUGAGGAACUGCGAGUUUUCCCUGAUGAUCCCUUUGGUGAGGAAAUUGUCCAUGGAGUCACUGAAGCUGGGUUUGUGGCUGUGUCUUAUGGUUGCCCUAGACUCCACUAUGUCCUAUAUUUUUGUCAGCAGAUGACUAAUGCUGCUGUAGCAACCGUUGUACAGAACUGCCCUGAUUUUACUCAUUUCCGUUUAUGCAUAAUGAAUCCAGGUCAACCAGAUUAUCUUACCAAUGAACCUAUGGAUGAAGCUUUUGGUGCUGUGGUCAAGACAUGCACUAAACUCCAGAGGCUUUCAGUUUCAGGACUCUUAACCGAUCUGACAUUUGAGUAUAUUGGUAGGUAUGCUAAGAACUUGGAGACCCUUUCAGUGGCUUUUGCAGGCAGCAGUGACUGGGGGAUGCAGUGUGUUCUGGGAGGUUGUCCAAAACUAAGGAAACUUGAGAUAAGAGACUGCCCAUUUGGAAAUGCAGCACUGCUGUCAGGUUUGGAGAAGUACGAGUCCAUGAGGUCACUUUGGAUGUCAGCCUGCAAGGUGACAAUGAAUGGUUGCAGGCUAUUAGCAAGGGAGAUGCCUAGGUUGAAUGUUGAGGUAAUGAAGGAGGAUGGAAGUGAUGAUAGUCAAGCUGAUAAAGUCUAUGUUUAUCGUUCGAUUGCAGGCCCGAGGAGGGAUGCCCCGCCAUCUGUGCUAACUCUCUGAAAUUCUUGCUGUAAAUAGUUUCACAGAAGACAACAUACCCUCCUGCAGGCAUAGACUUGGAUUUAUAUUCAUUCAUACAACUGAGCAAUAGUGUAAAAGAAAAAAUACGAGGA